AUGAGUAAAUCUUUACCAAUUGUUAAAGGUAGGCUUUUAAAAUCUAUCCAUAACACUGCACAGUUUGGUGCAAAAGGAGUAUGGGGAAAAGCUCCCACAGAAACUGGUGUUUGUCGCUUAUCCUUAAGUGAUUUAGACAAAAAGGUUAGAGAUUGGUUUGUCACAGAAACCAAAGCAUUAGACUGCAAAGUAGAAGUUGAUCAAGUCGGAAAUAUUUUCGCUGUCUAUCCCGGUAAGAGGGAAGGUCACCCUACAGCAAUUGGAUCUCAUUUAGAUACUCAGCCAACGGGUGUAGAUACGACGGUGUAUUGGGAGUCCUCGCUGGUUUAG